UUGAUUAAUGUCUUUUAUUUCCAUAAAGCUUCCUGAACAGGUAUCCAACAUGUGGGGAUUGAUUAGUAUAUAAAGGUUUAUACAGACCGAGACAAUUAUUAGCUGUUCUAGCUUUGUACCUCAACCUGCUUCAUCAUGUUCGUAAAGAUCGUUAUUCUCUUCGCUGCUGUGGCAGCUGCAACAGCAAGUGGACUGAUGGGAGCCGGAUAUGGACUCGGACUUGGCAAGGCCAUCGUUGCUGCGCCCACUGCAGUGACUUACCAAAGUGCAGUUAUGGCUCCAGUUGCCAUGGUUGGUAAUGGAAUGCUCGCUGGCGGUCUUGCUGGACACGGAAUCGCCGCUGCACCUUUAGCUUACGGAAAUGGACUUCUCGGAGUAGGUGCUAUUGGUCACGGAAUUGCUGCCGCUCCUGUUGCUUAUGGAAACGGACUUCUCGGAGCAGGUGCUAUUGGUCACGGAAUUGCUGCCGCUCCUGUUGCUUAUGGAAACGGACUUCUCGGAGCCGGUGCUAUUGGUCACGGAAUCGCUGCGGCUCCUGUUGCUUACGGAAAUGGACUUCUUGGUCUUGGUGGUGGACUUGGCAAGGCAAUCUUGUAAACAUCUUCUACUGUGGAUUUAUAUCUAAAACGCUUCUGGAAUUAAAUUAUUAAUUAUGUUAUAAUAAAUAAUUGUUAUAGACUGACA